AUGGGAUGCUCCCUGAUCUUAGUUGAUUUACCUGGUUUUGGUCAGUCAAGUGGACGAGAUAGGAUUCAGUCGAGUUGGAAACAAAAUGGACCUGAAAUCUAUGUAGCCAUUCUGUCAAGUUUCAACAUUAGUAAACCAAUUAGUGUUCUGGCACAAUGUGGGGGCGCUGCUACAUCUAUUCGUACAAUAAACCGGUAUCCAAGUUGGUUCCAGGAUCGACACCAUUUAAUUAACAAUUCUGUUACUGGAGAUUUCGGCGAUACAUAUCCAGGGGAAUUCGAACAAAAACUACUUAAAUACAAUAUUCACUUAUUAGUGACGUGGAAAGCUGAUAUUGAUCACCCAACGUUUUGUAUUGCCUAUAAACGUUGGGAUAGGAAUCGUAGAUCGGGUUUUAAGAAUCUUCAGCUGGUUGAUCUUCCUCAAAUAGCAUAUGGAACUGAUUGGGUCAAAGUCAACAACAUCGCUCGUCUAACCUCUAAAAAUAAAGCUUAUUUUUACGUAAAUACACCUGAACGUGAACAACAGAUUAUUCAUGCUAUAUGUCCAAAUACUAAACAAUAA